UACACCAAUUUUUUUAAAAAAAUCUCAUACCAUUAAAAACCAGUACCUCGAUAUCGCUAACCAAUAACCCAUUUUACCUAUUGUAAUGAAACAUGUUUAUACCAAAUUAAGUUGAGAGAGAAAAAAAAAGUGUUUGGAUUAAUGUUUUGUGGAUUGUGGAGAUGGGGAAGGAGGCAGUUCGUAUUUAGAAUAAGUGUGAAAGGGAGAGGACAAAAGAAGAAGAAUAAAUGAGGGGUCAAGUGAUGAGGAGCUUAUCAUAACCCUCAUCAUCGUCACGUCGUUUUUCAUUCACAUUUAUCGAUAACCUCCUUCAUCUCUACCUCGAUCUUCUUCUUUCUCCCAGAAUUCCACGCCUUCUUCUCUUUCUUUCUUUUUGUUUCAUUCUCUAUUCCAUCCAUUUUGCUUUUUCCUUCAAUUCUCUGUCCUAUUUGUCUCCUACAAAAAUUCAUUACAUAUUAUAUGUGAAGUAUUUAUUAAGCUAGUCAACCUCAUGUUUUGCUCAUGACUUUUGUUUCAAUUUAAACCAACACCAUUCCUUCUCUCUCUUUCUGUCUCUAUUGUUCCAUCUCUUUCUCCUGAAUCUUGCCAAAUUCCUUGUGUUCAGCUCCCUUAAAAGUCACCCCAUUUCAUUCUCUCUUUUAAUUUUUAUUUAUUUAACCAUUACCAAACAUCAGUACAACUAAUUGCCUUGAUCUUACUCAAAAAAACAAGUAAAUUUGUUUCUCUUUGUUAGGUAAUCAAAGACGAAGAGAAAUGUGGAUGAUGGGUUACAAUGACGGAGGAGAUUUUAACAUGACGGAUUCGUUUAAUGGAAGAAAGCUUCGUCCACUAAUGCCGAGAGUACCUCAUGCUCCUGCGGCUACUGCUACUAAUCCCACGAAUUGCUUAAGAAAUUUUCAUGGAGAAAACUUUAUUGCACUUAAUCAUCAUCAGCUUGCUAUGAGUGAGCAAAAUAAGAGAGAUUUCAAUACGCAAUUAGUAGUGAGCUCACGUUGGAAUCCAACUCCAGAACAACUGCAAACGCUGGAAGAGUUGUAUCGACGCGGCACGAGAACUCCGUCAGCUGAACAGAUUCAGCAUAUCACUGCACAACUUAGACGGUAUGGGAAAAUUGAAGGAAAAAAUGUUUUCUACUGGUUUCAAAAUCAUAAAGCUAGGGAACGCCAAAAAAGACGACGUCAACUUGAAUCUUCUGCUAAUGGGAACGGUAAUGGCGGUGGUGGUGAUGAUCAGUCUCAGAGUAAUUGUAACGCUGAAAAUGCUGAAAGAAAAGAAUCAGGGGCAAAUAGGACAGUUUUUGAAAUUGAACAGACCAAGCACUGGCCAUCCCCAACAAACUGCAGUACUCUUGCAGAGAAAACUGCAGCAAAAACAAAGGCAGGUGCAGCAGCGGCAGCGGCAGGGGCAACAGCAGCAGGAGUGGCAGAAUCAUGUAGAGUAGCAGCAGCAGAAAGAUGGAUACCAUUCGAUGAAGGAGAACAAAGAAGGAGCUUAUUAGCAGAAAGGAAUGCCACGUGGCAGAUGAUGCAUUUGUCUUGUUCACCACCCACCAUCAACAACAACAACAACAACACCAAUUGUGCAACAAUUUGUAGUAAUACUAUCACUACUGCAACUUGUACUCCAAUUAUAAGGAGUUGUCCAUCAACGCCAACAACAAUUGACCAUCAGACAAAACAACUUUUCAAGCCCAAAGAUCAUCUCAACAUCUUUAUAACACCUUUCAGAUGUGAUCAAAAACACCAAAACAUCAUCGGAGACGAAGAAGAAGAAGAAGGCAAUGGUCAUGAAGCACAGACUCUUGAAUUAUUUCCCCUCCGUAGCAGCAAUGACAACAAUGAUGAAAAUAAUUUUUCAGACAAGGAUGAAAUAGGAGCAGCUGCGAACUUGAAUAAUAAUUUUAAUGGUAGUCAUUAUCAGUUUUUUGAGUUCCUUCCACUCAAGAACUGAAAAAUAGCUAGACAUGAGUAAUUAGAUGUUGACUGUUUAUGUAACUUGAAAUUUAUGAUCCCUAUUAUUAGCUAUAGCAAUGAUGUUGUUCAAUGCGAUGUAACGUUUAUUGAAAUCAAAGAUUGCCUUAAAAUGCAUUUGGACCA